CCAAUUUCAAGAAUCAUGAAGUUUUCUUUUUCAUUUCUCUCAUGUUUUAGCUCAUCAGCAGAUAAUUUGGAAGGCAGCCAAACCACAUAUGGUGGACAAAUUUCCCAGAAUUUUUCAGUUUACUGUUACAAUGACUUGAAAGCUGCAACUCAUGGAUUCAGAGCUUCAAAUAAAAUUGGAGAAGGAGGUUUUGGUUCUGUUUACAAGGGUCGGCUUCAAGAUGGAACCUUUAUGGCUGUAAAAGUUCUUUCAGUUGAAUUGGAAUCAAUGAGAGGGGAAAGGGAAUUUGUAUCAGAAAUAGCUGCAUUGUCUGAUAUCAAACAUGAAAACCUUGUCAACCUCAGAGGAUGUUGUGUUGAUGGAGCACAUAGACUUUUAGUCUAUGAUUACAUGGAAAACAACAGUCUUUCCUUAACAUUUUUAGCAGGUGGGGAGCAAAACAGAAGUAAAUUUACAUGGACACUUAGGAAAGAAGUUUCAAUAGGAAUAGCAAAGGGACUUUCAUAUCUCCAUGAAGAAGUGAGUCCACAUGUUGUGCAUAGAGAUAUUAAAACCAGCAACAUACUCCUUGAUGAGAAUUUUACACCAAAAAUUGCAGAUUUCGGUUUGGCUAGGCUGUUUACGGAGAACAUGUCCCAUAUUAGUACCCGAGUAGCCGGAACAUUAGGCUAUCUUUCUCCAGAAUACGCCAUCAGUGGACACUUAACACGCAAGUCAGACGUUUAUAGCUUUGGAGUCGUGUUACUAGAAAUAGUCAGCGGUUCACCAGUAGUUGCAUUCGACAUUACUCGAGGAGAGCAUUUCCUUGUUAACAAGGCAUGGGAAAUGUACAAUGCUGACCAACUGUUAGAGCUAGUGGACCCUGUUUUGGAUAGAGAACUUUUGAACGAUGACGAAGCUCUCCGAUUCUUGAAGGUUGGCCUCCUCUGCGUGCAAGAGAACGCCAGCCUCCGCCCCAAAAUGUCCAUGGUCAUCAAGAUGUUGAGCCGUGAUGGCACGAUAAUAGUAGACGAAAUGAAGAUUACUCAGCCUGGGAUUGUUGCUGAUCUAAUGGAUGUUAAGAUAGGCAGAAAACACUCUUCUCAAAGCUUUUUUUCUAAAGCUUCUACAAGCAUGAGCCCAGGAAGCCCCUUCCAAAUAGUUAAACAGGAGAAAAAACAAUAGCUAGAAAUUAGUCGAGGUACGCACAAGCUGGUUCAGACACCACGAUUAUAAAAAAAAUAGAAUGUACUUGUACAAAGAGUAUAUUGUGCACACACAUAGAUACACUUGCACUAAGUUUGCUCACUUUUUUUUUAUUGUUAGAUCAGUUGUAUAUCAAUGUGAGCAGCUAGGUCUUUAAUUUUUUCAAUUUUUUUUGGAAUAUUUGGUUCCAUUUGAUGUAAAAGCUACCUUUAAUA